AUGGCGGAAGUGCAGCUUGCGAUCGACUUGCACGAUUUGGUUACCAGCCUAAGGAACCUCCAACCCGAUGAUGUCGCGGAAGGUUUCUCCAGGAUAACUCAAAGGAUAAGAGAGUGUCUUGCGGCUGCGCAAAAACUCAACAGAGAUGCAGUGGGACGCCAAAAUACACUGAUCGAGCUGUCCAAAGAAGCGCAUUCAAGAUCACAAGCCCUUCAAGCCGAACUUGCAAAAUUUGGCCAGCCAACAAAGCAGGCCCUCGAAGACAAGAUUGCAGCCCUCCAAGCCGAGAUCGAAGAGCAAGCGGCGACCCGCGCCCGCGAAAUUCAGGCUACAACGACCAGACAUGCCAGCCAGCUGGUAGUGCUUCACCAAGCUAUCGACCAUUCGGAGGUCGCGCAAUCCCGAGCUGAUGCGCACUCCAAGAGAGCGGAUGCAAGAGCUAGUCUAGUCGAAGCGCGGCUCGAGGCUGAACGAAAGGAGUUCGAGCGUCAGCUCAGCGCGGAACGAGAGAGGCGGAUCACAGCAGAGAAGGAAGUCGAGCUGCUUCGAGCGCAGCAGUCAGCCUCAAAGGAUGCGGCAGAGGCGGUCUCAUCGACCAUUGUGCAGGAGUUUGUGGACCGAUUCGGGCCCAAGGGCACCCGCAGGUCCGGCUUCCACGAUCAUUACUAG